CCAAAUUGUUUCUUGCUUUUAGGUUCAAUUCUCAUAAAAGUUCUUAACAGUUUUAUCUUCCGACUUGUGUUUCUUUUAUACCCUUGAAUUUCUAAUUUUGCCUUCCAACAAAAAAAUUUCUAGAGAUUUUUAUUUUACAGCAUAUCAAUUAAAUCCAUUGAUUAAACUCAAUUUUUAUUCAAGACUUUGCAUUCCAUUCUAAAUUCUAACACUAGAACCCUAAACUAGCGUUCCUUGGAAGAAGAAAAAAAAUGUCUGGGAAAAGUGAUGUGGAGAGUGGAGCAAGAACCCUUUACCCUAUUAUGACUGAAAGCCCUGAAUUAAGAUGGUCUUUCAUUCGUAAAGUUUACACUAUUAUCACCUUUCAGUUGCUUCUCACCAUUGCUAUUGCUUCAGUCAUUGUUUUGGUUCACCCUGUUUCUAAUUUCUUCAAGGAAUCCAUACCAGGCCUUGUUCUUAGCAUUUUUCUUUUCAUUUUUUCCUUAAUACUAAUAUGUCUACUAUCAUGUUUUCAUCAGAAGCAUCCUCUCAAUUACGUUCUCCUCCUAAUUUUAACAGUCUCUAUGGCUAUUCCCAUUGGAUUGACUUGUUCCUCUACUAGUGGAAAAAUAAUUUUAGAAUCUGUUGUAUUAACUGCUGCGGUCGUGGUUAGUUUAACUCUCUACACAUUUUGGGCUGCAAGAAAAGGUCAUGAUUUCAGCUUUUUAGGCCCAUUCCUGUUCGGAGCUUUGAUAGUUCUUAUUGUCUUUGGCCUCAUUCAGAUUCUGUAUCCAUUGGGAAAGUUAUCACAUAUGAUCUAUGGGUGUGUUGGAGCUAUUAUAUUUUGUGGCUACAUUGUAUAUGACACAAACAACCUUAUCAAGAAAUACUCCUAUGAUGAGUUCAUCUGGGCUUCUGUCGCCUUGUAUCUAGAUGUCAUCAACCUCUUCUCCUUUACUAUUUUUAGUGCUGGUGAUUGAAGAUAAUUAAAGCACAAUAUUAUCUUAUAUGUUCCUUACCUUUCAAUUUAGUUUUGUUUUCUCAUGUUUUUCAUUUUUUAUGAAAUUAUAACUAUAGGUAAUUCCUUAGCUUGUAUUUAAUAUGCAACUUACUCUUGUUCUUUUUGGUAGUAAUAGUUUCUGCAACAA